AUGCACCUCGGUUUUAAAGCUCUCACAGCAGCAGCUUUGCUGUUGUCAUCGGUGUACGGUCAGACGAUUACUUCCGACACCAUCACUCGUGGUGCAGUUACCAUCAGUGGUGACACCGAAGUUCAAGCUGGUGCUUACUGGUCCAUUAUCAACAAUGCCAUUACCAACUUUGUUGGAAGUCUUAAGGUUGACGGUCAGCUUUUCAUAAGUAGUAACUCCAAUCUUAUUGCUUUGACCGUCACGUUGUUGGGUAUACUUAAUUCCAUCGAAAACAACGGAGACAUUUCGUUCAAUUCUGUGGAGUCUUUAACCGCUCCCACUUAUAACCUUGUUGGUUUACGUUUCACCAACAACGGUAAUAUGUGGAUGGGAGGAGAUGGAAGUAUUGGAACACCAGUAAUGUCUGUCACUGCUGCAAAUUGGGCCAACAAUGGUCUUAUGGUGUUUUACCAGAACACCAGAUCUUCUGGUUUCGUCACCUUGGGUGCCGCUGGUGGAUCCAUUACUAACGAUGGUACCAUCUGUUUGAUCAACGAAAUUUAUGACCAAUCUACCGCCAUCAGCGGUACCGGAUGUAUUGAUGUUGGUGUCAACAGUAACAUGUGGAUUUCCAACUCCAUUUUGUCCAUUUCUCAAGACCAGACUCUUUACUUAAGUUCUCCAACGUCCAGUAUUAGAGUCGAGGCUCUUUCCCUCUCUCAAACUUUUAAUGUUGCUGGCUUCGGUGGAGGUAAUGUUAUUGGACUCGGUUUACCAAUCUCAAGUAUUCAAUACUCUCCAACUACCGGAAUCUUGAGAUUGUACUCCAGCUUGGUGUUCUACUUCCAGUUCAACAUUGGUCCAGGAUACGACGAGUCCUUGUUCGAGAGAUUCACCACUGAUUUCGGAGGUAUUCUUACCACCGUCAUCAACGGAGGUGUCAGAUACAACGGUCCAAUUCCAGACACAGCUACCCAACCAACCGCAUGUUCUUCAUGUCUCCCAUUGCCACCUCCACCAGGUCUUGAUGACACUUCCAGCUCGGUUGUUUCAUCGUCUUCUGCUGUUUCGUCUUCGUCCGCUGUUUCUUCAUCUGCUGCCUCGUCUGAAGCUUCGUCUGCUGCUUCUUCGUCUGCUGCAUCGUCUGCUGCUUCUUCGUCUGCUGCCUCGUCUGCUGUUUCUUCGUCUGCUGCCUCGUCUGCUGCCUCGUCAGCUGCUUCAUCAGCUGCCUCGUCAGCUGCUUCGUCUGCUGCCUCGUCAGCUGCUUCAUCAGCUGCUUCAUCAGCUGCUUCGUCUGCCGCUUCAUCCGCUGCAUCAUCUGCUGCAUCAUCUGCUGCAUCAUCUGCUGCAUCAUCUGCUGCAUCAUCUGCUGCUUCGUCCGCUGCAUCAUCUGAGGCCUCUUCCGCUGCUUCGUCCGCUGUUUCUUCUGCCGCUUCGUCUGUUGCCUCUGACGAAUGUCCAGGCUGUACAGAGUUCCCAACUACCUUUGUCACUACCAACACCGACGGUUCAGUUUCAACUGACACCGGAGAGGUUAUCGUGACCACCGACUCUGACGGACUGUUGACCACUUACACCACCGAUGUUGGACCCGUGUGCCCAGAAUGUACUGAGUUCCCAACCACCUUUGUGACAACUAACACCGACGGCUCUGUUUCAACCGAGACCGGUGAAGUCAUUGUCACCACCGACUCUGACGGACUGUUGACCACUUACACCACCGAUGUUGGACCCGUGUGCCCAGAAUGUACUGAGUUCCCAACCACCUUUGUGACAACUAACACCGACGGCUCUGUUUCAACCGAGACCGGUGAAGUCAUUGUCACCACCGACUCUGACGGACUGUUGACCACUUACACCACCGAUGUUGGACCCGUGUGCCCAGAAUGUACUGAGUUCCCAACCACCUUUGUGACAACUAACACCGACGGCUCUGUUUCAACCGAGACCGGUGAAGUCAUUGUCACCACCGACUCUGACGGACUGUUGACCACUUACACCACCGAUGUUGGACCCGUGUGCCCAGAAUGUACUGAGUUCCCAACCACCUUCGUCACUACCAACCCCGAUGGUUCCGUUUCCACGGAGACUGGCGAGGUUAUUGUGACCACCGAUUCCGACGGACACUUGACUACUCUUACCACGGAUAUUGGACCAGUGUGCCCAGAGUGUACUGAGUUCCCAACGACUUUCGUGACCACGAAUCCAGAUGGAUCGGUAUCGACUGAGACUGGCGAGGUUAUUGUGACCACCGAUUCCGACGGACACUUGACUACUCUUACCACGGAUAUUGGACCAGUGUGCCCAGAAUGUACUGAGUUCCCAACGACUUUCGUGACCACGAAUCCAGAUGGAUCGGUAUCGACUGAGACUGGAGAAGUUAUCGUUACCACCGACUCCGACGGACACUUGACCACUCUUACGACUGAUAUCGGACCAGUUUGCCCAGAAUGUACUGAAUUCCCAACCACCUUCGUUACCACCAAACCAGACGGUUCAGUUGCCACCGAAACUGGAGAAGUCAUUGUGACCACUGACUCCAACGGACAUUUGACCACCUACACCACUGACAUUGGUGCUGUGUGCCCAGAAUGUACUAUAUUCCCAACCACAUUCGUCACCACCAAACCAGACGGUUCUGUUGCUACCGAAACUGGCGAGUAUGUCAUUACCACUGACUCCAACGGACACUUGACCACUUACACCACCGACAUUGGUGCUGCGUGCCCAGAAUGUACUGAGUACCCAACCACAUUCACUACCACCAAUCCAGAUGGUUCCGUUGCCACUAAAACCGGCGAAGUCAUCGUCACCACUGACUCUGCUGGCCACUUGACUACCUACACCACCGAUGUCGGUCCCGUGUGUCAUGUGUGCACCGAGUACACCACCGUUUGCCCAGCAUCCACCGGUACCGGUGUGGAAACCAGUAAAGUGAUUGUCACCACCAAGGGAGACGUCACCUACACCACCACUGUUCCUUGUGAUACUGUUGAUGAAAUCAGCACCACCGUUAUUACCAUCACCAGUUGCGAGGACAACAAGUGUACACCAGUUCCAGUUACCACCGGCUUGACUACCGUGACCAAGGCCCACUAUGUCUACACCACCUACUGUCCAUUGCCAUCCACCGCUGGCAGUGGAAAGCCUGAGAAUGUUGCUGGACAGGGAUCUGGUUCCGGCUCUGGUUCCGGCUCUGGUUCCGGCUCUGGUUCCGGCUCUGGUUCCGGCUCUGGUUCCAACCCAGCCAGCCCAGCUAACCCAGCCACCGUUGCUGGAGAGGCUCAUGAAACCUCUUCUUCUGUGGUUGGUGAAACUCCCGCUGUUGUUGCUUCUGAGGGUGCUGGCCCAAUUUCGAAGCCAUGGUCAUUCCUUGUGGCUACCGCUUUAUUCUUCGGAAUGUUGUUCUAA